UGCCAAAGGGGGGUUCGAGGAUUUUAAAUGAUGAAAGCCGAUCCUUUAGAAGUGAUUUUCUGAGCUCUAGUUUACGUUGUCUUUGCUUUGUUCUGCCUACAAAGAAACGGAAGGCUGACUUCCUGUUUAGACCUUCCCGUUUCAGUACCAAAUUGAAGUAAAUUUUUAAAUCCAAUUCCUUUCUGCUCGCAAGUCCUUAUUUAAAGUCCAAUUGUUCAAAGUUUAAGUACUCACGGGUGCUUAUUUUAGAAGCCAAAUUGUCCCAGGAAAAAGGCAGUGCUCUCCGGCAACAGCUAUGCGGCUUCGCUCCACGGAAAUAGCAGUUGACUCACAGCACCGCGCCACUUCCCCCUCUUCGCUUCGGAGCCCGUUAGUGGGUUCCUUUGCGGGUUGGGGGGGCGCUAAGGGUGCCCGCCGAGUCCCAUGGUCACAGGCUUCAUCCGCCUGUGAUUUUUAAAAGGGUCCCCACUUCGCCGUAGCGGAAAAGACCCGUUUCGCGCAGAGCUAGUCCCUCCAGUUCAGAGGGAGUCCGCCAUUGCCGAUGGCGCCACCCCGGAAGUCCACUAUGAUAUGACAUUGUAAACCAACUUCGGUAUGUCUUUUUUAUUUAGGGAAGGGGGGAUAUUUAGAGCUAAGGUGCAUAACCAGGAUCACACAAAUCAGUGUCCUGCUAGUAUUUUUUAUUGAUGGCUGCCAAUGGUGCUGUGCAAUUAUCACUCCUACGCUACUUUUCUAACGUUGGCAACCGUCCUGUUGAGUUAUCCCAUCUUUUAUUAUCCUUUGCCAAGCCAGCUCCGGAGUUUUAACAUCCUGGUUAACAUUUAACAGAGACAGGCAGUAGCAAUGGUAUUUAGUGUUAUGCAGGAACAGAGAUACUGCAGUAGCAAAUUCUAAAAUAUUUGACCUUCUACCAUAACAUGGCUUGAAGUGAGGUGGGUCGCAACUGGAGCACUGUUGCCAUGAAAACAUAUAGAGUAAAAAAGAAGAAGAAAUAGGUCCCCAGAUGCAUGUUUGACAUAAAGGUGAUUCUGAAUUUGAAGAGGUUGAUGACUGCUGCUCUGUAGCAUGAAAAGACUGAGCAAUGCAUGGGUAACUAAUGGAAUAUUUCAAGCCUAUGGGAACAUGCAUGUUAUAAGAGAAGUUGAGACCUGUGAUUGUUUUUUUAAAAAUGGCCACUUUCCCCCCUCCCAGUGACUUUAUAUCCUUGUUUUACUUAAGUCUCUGCCAUUGUUUUAAAGUCUUUCCUACCUUCUUGCAACACUCAAACUUCUCCCUCUUUCACCCUGCAGUUGCUACAGGUGAGCAAGAUAAAGGAUAUGGAGUCCUCAAAAAUUCCAUAGUACUGUACUCAAUCCUACCGUUGUUUAAAACCACCAUUUUCCUCUCAAGUUUCCUCCAUCGCUGCUUUACUCAAACUUCUGCCAUUGUUUUAAACCACCACUUUCCCCUUCUCAGUGUUCCUUCCUUCUUGCUCCCGUGCUGUGACUGCUGCUGCUGCUGGUCUUCACUUCCUCCUGACUUCAUGCAAAUCUAGGAUUGCAUUGCUGCACCCCAGAAUGUAAUUGCUGCGAUUACAUUAUUAUUCAAUAGAGAGAAACAGUAUUCUGUGACUAAGUGUCUAAUUAUACUAAUACUCUUAGAUGUUCCACAUUUUUCAAAAAAUCAUGCUCUUAAAGAUUGACAGGACCUUGGCUUUGUUUUGAUGCAGUUGUUUACUGUUUUGGGUUUUUUUGUUUGUUUUUGUUUUUUUGCUAAAGUAGCUCAUCAAGUUUUAUUCUGUUUUUGUAGAGCUCUCAUGACAUUAAUUACCUCUUACUGAUUCAGGUCACGGCAACUGCAUUUAGGUUUGAGGACAGAAGUAUGAAUGUGGUGGGGGUGUACGUUUCAUAAAGUGUGGAUCAGAUGCUAAUUAGUUGGUUUCCUGUUGUAGAAUUUGCAAUUCCCCCUGUAUUAGACUUGCUUAUGUACCUCCUAAGGUGGCGCUUUAGAUGGCUUCUUACAUUUGAAUGAGAUGACAGGGUUUUAGAAAGCUUUUACAAGGCCACAAUCUGUACACCUUCAGCUGCAAUGAAAUUGCAUUUGACCUAAUGGUGUGCGAUUGAAAGCACAUUAAUAGUCAUUGAUUCUGCUGGAUUGGCACAAGUCACACUCUUCAAAGUACAUUUUGGGACAUUACGUGGGUUAUGUUUACACGAUCAAGAUCCUGUGAAGUAACAGCUCCUUUUUUUUUGACUGAGGAAAUUCCAUGGCUCUUCAACCAUUCCCACUACCCCCUUGUUGACUGUCUUUUGGUUAUUCCCAGGCCACCGUAGGAAUACAAGCUCUCCUGACUACAGGUUAGCAACAAUCAAUAUCCUGCUGCUGUUUGCCUGCCUGCUUAUCCUAGGGUGGAAGAGAACUUAAGGCCAUAAACAGAGCCCUGCUGGAUUAGGCCAGAGACCCAUCUAGUCCAGCAUCCUGUUCUCACAGUUGCCAAGCAGAUGCUUAUGCUAAGCCUGCAAGUGGGACCUGAGUGUAACAGCACUCUUCCCGCCUGUGAUUCCCAGCAACUUGUAUUGUAAGACAUAGUGCCUCUGGCAUGGGAGAUAGAACAUAGCCCCGAAAGGCGUAAGAGUUCCUGUUUGGCAUUGCUGACUCACAUUUCAUGUAAGAAUGUUUGACCAUUAUGUUUAAUAAUCUGGGCUUCUCAGCUUUGAACGGAAUUAUAAUUGUGCUUCCAUUUCUUAAAUUGAUUUGUUAAGGUUUUUUAUUACAGUGGUACCUCGGCUUAAGAACUUAAUUCGUUCCGGAGGUCCGUUCUUAACCUGAAACUGUUCUUAACCUGAAGCACCACUUUAGCUAAUGGGGCCUCCUGCUGCUGCCACUGCACCGCCACCAUGAGAUUUCUGUUCUCAACCUGAAGCAAAGUUCUUAACCGAGGUACUAUUUCUGGGUUAGCGGAGUCUGUAACCUUAAGUGUAUGUAACCUGAAGCGUAUAUAACCCGAGGUACCACUGUAUUUUAAAGCAUGUGCAUUUUUUUGAUUUUUGUUUGCUUUGUGAGUUGCCCAGAGAACACGUCCUAUGGCGUAGCUGCACAAAUGCGGUAAAUACAUCAAUUCACCUCGGGCAACUGAUAGUGCAAAUGCAACUUGCCUAAAAGCUUAAAUUGGAAUACAAACCGCCUGCAAGUCUUUUCUUUGCGGCAGCUUGGCAAACAAUUAUUUGAGGAUGGCGGCUUGGCUUCCCCUUGCUUUGAGUCUCCGGAGUCUCUUUUGCUCCUUCUUUGGGUAGGGUAGUGAGAGGCACCUGCUGUAGCCCUGCAGUAGGAGCAGAAUGGCAGUGGAUAGGCAGUGGUGUGUAAUUUGUCACUUCAAGAAGAUUGGCACUUCCUGAGAAUCUGAUUGUAGUCAUCAAAUUACUUGUAAGCUUCAAAUUACUUUAUGCCAUUCCUUAAAUAAUACUACAGCAGAGUAAGUGGUUAGAGAAUUGCAACAGCUAUAUAGAGGUUACCAUUGGAAUCAUCUGGCAGAGUGCACUGCCGUUCAUUUUAAGGGCAUCCAAGUAGAUCUCCAAUUGCUGCAGAAAACCUAUUGGAAAUGGGGCCUGCUAAGAGGACUGAAAUAAAGAUCAGAAAUGGCAGGUAGUGUUGCAACCUAUUGUUUUGGUUGUGAGCAUGCAAAACAGAUUCUGUUAAUAUUUUUAUACCCUUUGAGGCAUAUGUUCUUUUCUUGGCGGGACAAAUGCAAUUCGACAGAGUAAGAUCGAAGCAGUAGUUUUCUUCCCCACCUUAUGUGACUCUGGCAGUGUCAAAUAUUUUGGCACCUUCUAAUCUCUCUGUGUCACUCUAUGACAGGAUUCCCUUAAGUUCAUUCUGCCUUAGCAAGUGAAGGUCACAUAGCACACUCUUCCUUUCAGUCGCCAUCUGGCCGUUUAUUAUUAGCAGUACUGUGGAAAACAGAAAUUAGAAACACAAGACCAAAACAGUCUUUGCAAGUUCAGCCAUUUUGCCUCCAUCAAACGGAGCCAUUUCUCCUCAAUUGGCACUCUCACUAAGAAAAGGAAGGUGCAGAAUCUGCGUUUCAGUAGGUGCAACAGGUUGUAUUAGAUAGACCUCUAUAACAAACAAGAGUAUAUAUGCUAAGCUGAUCUGGAAAUACUGAAUGACUCCCGUAUUAAUAGAACCAAUGGGAAACUACUUUUCUUAAGCUUCUACAAAUGUUUGGUAUUUCCCCAUCAAGAAUAGAUAGGGCUCAGCCCUUAUCAGUUUUUUUAACCUUCAUUUCCUUCAUUCUUAUGGGAACUUGGGCAUACAGAAUUACUGAUUUGAAAGGCUGAGAGUGCAAUCCUAGAGAUGUCUAUCUGGGAGCAAGUUCCAUGUCAAUAGGACUGCAGCCUAAGUUCCAACGUACAACAGACACAUUGGGGAGUGUUAGCUGCAUUUUUGUCAAUUCUUCAACAAAAAAGUGUGCUGUGGUUACAGAAUAUGCAUGGCCAGAACAGUGAGAAUCAUAGACAUUUGCCAAGAAAAACCUAACAAACAUUAUGUUGAGGAAACAAGAGUUGCAUUUGCAGCUGGAGCAGUUUUAUGGUAUAUUAGCGAGAUGUCCACUAAAUGCAAGUGAGUGUAUAUUAAGACAUGGACACAAAGAUAGGCAGCAAAAUGGCACAGAAGGAGAAUGCGGACUUGCAGAAAGAGACAAAUAGAUGUAUGGGGAAUCAGGACAUGCAGGCUCUGCCCAGACUCUCAGUUUCUGCAUUGAAUUCACUUUGUUUACUGAAUGUUGGUCUUUCUAGCAUCACACAGCAUUUUCUUUUAACUGCAAAUCUGACUUGUCUGGAAAGGAAACUGUUGAAGGAUUAAUGUUCUUCUGCCCCACAUGGUUCCUAUUAAAGCAAGUCUGGCAUAUAUAGAUGCAUGUGUUUGUUAAGUGUGAUUUGUAACAAAUGAAGAGUUGGCCCUAAACGAAACAUUUCUAUCGAAAUAACCCACAUACAUAUAUCCUCUACCCCAGCACCUCUUGCCCUUUUCAUUGCAGGUGUAUGUAGAUCAGUGAAGACUCUAUAGGGGAGGCUUUUGCUGAGCUACAGAGAGAAACGUGCAUAGCUUAGCUUUUGGACAAAGGUAUAUAUAUGGAGCACCUAUUUCACAUAUACAGCACCUAUUUCAAAAUACAGCAUUUUGAAUUCAUUUCUGUUAUGUCUGCAAUGAAGUGUAAAUAAAUAAACCACUUGUUUUGCAGAAGAUUAUUGCCUAAGAAACGUAAGGAAUUGCAUAUUUAGAAGUGAGGGAGGGUUUGGAGUCAGGGAAAGAAAUAUUGGUUAUUGUCACAAGAGUUCUCUCCAUCAGGCCUCACCCCCUCUUACUUUUUAGAAAGUGGGCAUGUUAGAGGGACUGCUACCUAAGUAAGAAACCAAUAUGUGGACGUGUUCUUCCAUUGUGGGUCUGCUUAUAUACCAUAACCACAACUGCAGUUAUUGUUUUGGAAUGUUUGCAGGAGCAAGUGAUUUUCCAAGAGACCAGAGUCUUCUUUAAAGGUAGUUAGCUGUCAAAGUGAAGAAUUCACAGCUUAGGCCCUCCUACGCAUUUUUGUUCUUUCCCGAUUUGUUCAAAUUCACCACAAGAAGUAGGAGUCAACUGGAAAAGUGUAAUAAUUUCCCGAAUGUGCACUGCUGAGACUUAAAUCACUUCAGCCGCACUGUAAAAUACUAACGGCAGGCCUAGGUGGACCUGGUCUGGGGUGGAAAAUGUACUCUGCAUAUGCUCAAAGACACUCCUCUUUCAUAGUUUUUGGCUCUAGCAGUGAAAAAAAAUGUUCUCGUUUUAUCCUUGGAACACACCAGUAUAAACUGGGGUUGACCCACAGAGGUGAAAAUAUUGCCAAGUGACAAAGUAUAGCUGCUUUAACCAUGCAGUCCAUGAACAGAGUCCACACUCUGCAAUUGAAUCAUCCCAGUUCCUGUCUGAGCUGAUUGAUCCUGACUGUGAGAGGCAUAAACCUAUAGUUAAUGGUUGUUGCUUGGUGGCAGAGCACAUAGUUUGUGUGUAGAAGUACCCAGUUUCCAUCCCUGGCAUCUCCAGGUAGGGCUGAGAGAAACCCCUGCCAAAAUUGUGGAGAGCCACUUCCAAUCUGUAUAGAAAAUACUGAGCUAGGUGGAGCAGUGCCCUGACUCUGUAUAAGGCUAACUGGGAUAGUUCAGUUGGUGGAGCAUGAGGCUCUUAAUUUCAUGGUUGUUGGUUUGAGCCCCACACAGAGAAAAAGAUUCCUGCAUUGUAGGGGGAUUGGACUAGAUGCUUCUUGUGGUCACUUCUAACUCCGUAAUUCUAAGAAAGCUUCUUCUGUUUCCUAGAUGGUAUAAGAUAAUAUUCAGAACUUCGUGAUAAUUCCAGUCUGUCCGCACCCAAAUAUUUAACUUUGGCUCAUAACUUAUUUGUUUCUUUCCUUAGAGCAUUAAGCUGAAAUUGGUCCUGUUGGAGGUCGUGGUUGUCAACUGGAACUCAAGAGCACUAGGAAACAAUCAAGGCCGAAUGCAAUUUUUUCACUAAGUUUUUCUCAAAGCAGACUUGUUGAAAUUAAUGGACCUACUUGAGUUAUUUUAUUUUAUUUUUUAAAUUUUAGUGGGUCUGCUCUGAUUAAAAGUUAGUUGAAAGCAUUCUGUGCCUUUCCCGCCUCAAAAAAAAAAAAGUUUUUGAUUUUUUUAAAAAAAUAAGUAAACCUGGGAAAACUACCUGGUAUCAAACUAUUUAGAAGGCUUCUGCUUGUUUAUUAUUACAUACCCUUUGGGGGUUUUUUGUGUCUGCAUGUGGAAUUUCCCUCUUUGGUGAAAACAGUUGAGGCCUUCUUACACCUUCCCUUAGGAAACUCUAGAUGAGCCAUCCUACAACUUCAAAGUCCCAAGGAAUUCCAGAUCCUCUAUAGGCCUUAUAGUGAAUGAUUUGCCACUUAACAGUGCAAUGAAUCACAAAUUUAUUUUCUAUGUGUGUCACAUCAAUUAAAAAAAGAGAAAGAGGUGUGAGGUUUAUGAACGGGACAGGCAAGAUGCACACAAGGGGAAGGAGGAGUGGAAGAAAAUGGGAAAGGAAAGAGAUCAGUUAUUCAAGACCUGAAUGAAGUGGCAAGCUAUAAGCAGACAUUUGUACCCAGAUCAGGCUGAUAUUCCCUUGGUGGUUUUCAUGCCUCUGUUGCUCAUUUUGGCAAAUGGAUAGGGCCAGUGUGUCCUUUCCGCUUGCUUCUGCUGUCCCAGGGCAACUGCCAAUUAGAGCUUGAGUGUUCAUUUAGCCAAGGGAAGGGAAGCUCCCUGCAGCCCUUUCCUUCUUUGGCUGAACCAAAGAAAAAAGGGCCAGAGAGCACUUUUCCUUCCAGCUGAGCCCUUUGUGGGUGGAUGCUUGAGUAGCAGAAUGCCCCCAUUAUCACCCCUGUCUCCAAGGACUCUUGGCAUGCUCAGAGAACUUGGGGAGGAGGCAAUUAGUGGUACAGUGGUACCUCAGGUUAAGAACUUAAUUCGUUCCGGAGGUCCGUUCUUAACCUGAAACUGUUCUUUACCUGAAGUACCACUUUACCUAAUGGGGCCUCCUGCUGCUGGCACACAAUUUCUGUUCUCAUCCUGAAGCAAAGUUCUUAACCCGAGGUACUAUUUCUGGGUUAGCGGAGUCUGUAACCUGAAGCAUCUGUAACCUGAAGCGUCUGUAACUUGAGGUAUCACUGUAAUUACAAAUUAUGUCAAGACUGGGCAGAAGAAACAUGAGGCGGAAAGUAUUUAUAUAGCACAAAAGGGACAAAUGUCAUAUUCUGCCUUCCUACCUGUGCCCUAUUUCUUAGCAACGAAUAAAAAUCAACAGGAGCAUAGCUUUGGGUAGUGUCUGUGUAUUCAAGAAUACACUACCCAAAGUUAUUAGUUAUUAUCUGUGCCUUUUUGUUUUUUAAACAAGAUAUGCUGGUGUUCUUAAUACAAAUGUUGUGGUCGCUAGUGCAAAACGAUUGCCAAGGGUAGCAAAAAAUAUGAGGUGCUAGUCCUCUGUACCGGUGAAUACCAUCACUAAAUGAUGCUAGCAAUGUAGAACUGCAUUUAAUAUUGCAGCUCUUUAUGCAUGGCUAUUUGCGGACUGAUAACUGAAAUCUGCUAGCUGUCCUCUUCCUAGGCUAGGCUGCAAUCAGAAGUGAGUGCUCAUAAAAGCAACUGGGCAACAACUCCCCUGCAACCUUGCAGGUUCACAUUUCCGAAAUCAGAUACACUCAUGAUGCCAGAGGCUGUUUGAAAUUGCCCUGGGAAUCCCAAAGAAGAUGACUUUAGGCACCGAGAGGCCACACGCAAAAGGACCACAUUCCAAUUUGAGGCAACUCAUUAAUGCCACCCCUGAAGGAACAUUCUUUGCUUAUGCUUCCUCCCCCCUCUUCCUCCCAGUUCUUUUUUGUUGUUUUAUUUUUGUUCAAAGUUAAUCAUCUUAUUAUAUGUACCGCUGCAAAUUCAUAUCUACAGAAGAUGUUAUCUGUCGUUUUGAAUUGGAUUCUAGCUUCAGAGGGGGAGAAAAGGGUAAAACUGCAGAGGUUUAUUCACUUGAUUCUGCUGGUGGCCCUGGCUCUUCAAUUAGAAUGGUUGGGUGUAAUCCAGCGAAUGUUAGUCAUGCCUAAAUCCAAUUAAAAUCCUUGGAAUUUACUGCACAUAACUAUGGGAUGUGCCUACCUUUCUCUGGAGUGUAACUGUAAAGCUCAACUAUGUGGAUAAUGAUAAUGUGAAAACUGCAGGCAUAAUUUCAUUAGCACAUCAUCCGAAGCUUCAAACUAUUAAUUCUGUUACUGCCACUGGUGGUCAUAUAGCUACAUUGUAUGGUCAGAAUUGUAGAUUAACUAGCAGGUAAUAUCAUAGGGGCCCCUUAAACAGGUAGCAGGAGGGAAAUGAGCAAAUUACUAGUUACACUGCUCAAUUCCCACAAAAUAUAAUUCAUUUUGUACACAGAUCUUUUGAUCUGAUCUUGAUGAUCAAUUGGAUGUUAUAGCCUUAGAUAUUCCUUUAAUAUAAGAGCGUGGCAUUUGGCAGUUUCACAAACUUGCAUUGUCAUAGCAAACUCUCUACUUCUAGAAAAGGUUUGUGUGCAAAAAUGGAAACUUGCUAAACCCUUGGGUUAGUUGUUGGAUUUUGGUUUCUCUAAAAAAUUUAGACAUGAUGGCUUCCUAAUAAUGUUUAAGAACUGCUUCUGUGUUUGCAAAGCUUUCACUGCAUAGAUACAUUUCUUUGACAUGAAAAAUCUGAUUGUAUGAACCAUUUUUUGCUAGUAGUGAGCAGUAAUGGAUAUUGACUUUUUGAGCCCUGAGGAGACUUUCUGCAAUGUGAGUCAUGUAUCUCUUGAUUUGAGAUGAAGUAUUUAUUGCAAAUGUAUGGGAUAUAUAAGGAGGAAUACAUAUAUCCAGUUUAUUUAUUUAGUUGAUAUAUUUAUCACUUUUCAUGCACACCUCACCAAACAGUUUAUAUAAAAACAUUUAAAUAAGCAUCAGUUAAAAUGAUAUAAAACAACAUUAUAAAAAUGAACAAAACACAAGCUGGAAGGAUUUAUUAUUAUUAUUUUUUAGUAGAUCUUCUUUCCUCAGGGGAAAAUGAUUCUUGAGUUGCCCUGUGGUGAUGGUUGGGGGAAGGAAAAGCAGCUUUGGAUUGGAAUACUAGGAGCUAGAUGUGGGUAGCUCACCAAAUUGUCAUUUCUAAUCUCUGUCUUCUCCUCAGGGCAAGCUGUGUCCUUAGCCCUGUGCUGGCAUUUGCAGGGAGGGAGGCUGCUCUGCUUUCUGAAUUUCUGAAGUUUUACUUCCAGCUACAUUGGAAGUUGGUUAUGCUGCCGCCAAGCUGGAACCAAAUGGAAUAUUCCUGUCCUUGUCUCUAGACAUGCUGUGGUACACAAAGGAGAAAUGUCUGUUACUCUGCAUAUUGAAUUCAUGGGUGAUGUCAAACUCGCUAUAACAAGAGUCCUAAUAGGUGAAGAGACACCUCUUUACCUUGGCGUUGGACUUCCGAUAUAUCUGUUAUAGGACCAGCCUUGUUAUUUUGACUGUAAUUUGUUUUAACGGCUUUUGAUAGCUCACUUUUAAAUGGUUGGAACCUGCCCUGAGACCAUAUGGUGAAGUGGGGGUAAGAAAUCUAAUAAAUCAGUAAAAUUAGAGGUAGAAUCACCAUGCUCAAGUGAAUGUAUCCUGCCGCAUCAACAGCUACUCCUUUUGUACUUUCAUACUUGUACUCGUUUGCCUUUUUACCCUUCUUGAUGAUGAUCCUCAGUUUGUUUUCUAAGUUUAGGUUCACAUAAACAGUCAGCAGUGAAACUUAGCAGUAUCGGCUUUCCUGCAGCUACUGAGGGAGACUUCAGCAGCCCUUGCUGGUUGGCUGAAAUGGGCACAUAUAACUAUACAGAGGAGUCUUCUAUUGCGGUGUUACAUUGCACUCUUUCUUUCCAAAGGUUUCCCCCUCUUAUGCACGUUAAUUUCUAGUGCAUUUUAAUAUCUGUGUAUUCUAACCAUACUGAUUAUGCCUCUGUUAGUUUUUCAGAGAGUGGCAGUUCGCUUCUUAAGAUAGGAAAAGGCCUUAAAACCAAGGACUUUUAUCCCAAAAAACAAAAUAAUGGCAAUUCUAUUUGGAUCCUGGGGGCACACUUUUCAUUCCGUACGUAAGUUCAGAUCAACAUUAUGUUUCUAGACUAAUACCUAUGAUGCAGACAUUCUAGGAGUAUGGGUGAUAUUGUGUACAGUGGUACCUCGGGUUAAGUACUUAAUUCAUUCUGGAGGUCUGUUCUUAAUCUGAAACUGUUCUUAACCUGAAGCACCUCUUUAGCUAAUGGGGCCUCCCGCUGCCGCUGCGCCGCCAGAGCACAAUUUCUGUUCUCAUCCUGAAGCAAAGUUCUUAACCCGAGGUACUAUCUCUGGAUUAGCGGAGUCUGUAACCUAAAGUGUAUAUAACCUGAAGCGUAUGUAACCCGAGGUACCACUGUACUUCAGAUUGUAUAUGUGAAGCUUACGUAAAAAAAGCACACACCUUCCUGAAUUUAAGCAAGGUGUUGCAAUGCUUAGUUGUUUUCUUUUGUAUAGAGAAGCCGCUUUUGCAUAUGUGUAUUUUUUGCAGAAUGUCGAACAAGAGAGCCACAAUCAGUAAUUGAUCUACUGCCUGCUUUUCAUGGUCUCAUGCUUUGUCCUUUGGCCUACAGAAAGAGGUUUUUAGCCUAUCUGAAAUGUUAUGGGAUGCAGGUAUCAAAUUUUCAUCAGGCUUGAGUAGUGUUAAUUUGAUGUAUUACUACCCAGUCACAUACAAUCAUUUGGUUUAUUCUUUGCAUGACGGUUAAAUCUCCAAUACUAAUUGAUGCAGAUGGUAUCAUAUUUUUACAGCAGUUGAAAGAAGGGUGACAUAUUGUGCCAUAUUUUAGUGACUCUUGCUCUCUCCCCCCCCCCCCAAUAAAUGGUUUGUUUUUACCAGGACUGCUUCUUGCAGCAUGUUCGCAGCAUGGAAAAUGCUGCAAACGUGGCUCCUUUCUUUGCCAGACAGGUAAUGUGAGCAGCCCUUGACCCACAUGGAAAGACCCUGUACUUUCCAGCAUUGCUGGUGUAGAAUACUUCCACAUGGCUUCCCAUGUCUCUAGAGCAGUGUGGGAAGGAACCACCUUGUAGCUGCAUGCGCUCUACAAAUUCACGUGAGAGAGAAUGCAGAAACUGAUGCUGUGGGGAAAGAGUUUUCUGAUUGGAUGCGUGUAGUCUUAUUGGAAAGCGAAAUAAUAGUUUCCCCACCUACCCAUUUUUAUCUGUCCAUUAAACUUUCAUUGGAAUACGCAACUGGCUUGAUAUCUCUGUUCAGUGGAGAGUACAUACCAAAAUACAUUGUAAUAUAGCAAGUACAGCAAAGUUUCCGAACUUGAUUUACCACAGCUGCUCUUCUGUGGUUAAUGUUACAAGACAUUUACCAGCUGCCCCAUGGUCUAGGUUCUCAAAAAUAGCCAAUUGGUAUCAUUUAGGUUGGCAAAUUCUCUUCAUUCUUUUUGUGAACAGCACCAUGUUUGCAGAUGCUAAAACUAGUGUGUAAAAGCAAUUUUAUUCAGUGUUGGUAGGUGUAAGUUCCAGUUGUGUGUGGUUUUUAAGAUGUCUUGCAUUUUGGGGAGGGGGCGAGAGACUUUGAUUAGCCCUGGUAACAAACCCUAUAUUAAGCAUAAAGGAGCUUAAGUUGUCCUAUUAAGGACCUGGAGUGAAGAACUGCCUAAGUGAGCCCUGUGGGAAGGAGGUUUGAUUUGAUUGUGGGAAUUUUGUAUUUUUCUCCUCCCUGGGGGCAAGGGGGAUUAGCUGAAUAGAAGUAUGCAUUUAUGCAGCAACAGUGUUGAUGCCUGUAAAAUCGUGGCACAUUCUUUCAAAAUUUCAGAGGACAGCCACCCUCAUUGUUGGGAAGCAUAGUGCUGUUUAAUAUUGGUAUGCAGCUUGUUUGGCAUGCUACAUUAAACCAUAGAUUAAAUUAAACUAUGGUUUAACAUGAAUGAGCAGCAUUCUGGUGCAUGCUUCUCACUACGGUCCAAUUUGCUCCUACCUUUACCACAUUGGGAAGAAGCAAGCUCUCAUGGGUUGUUUCCACCAAACAAACCAUGAGAGAUAAGAACAAACCUUGACUUCUGAUCAUGGUUUGAAAACAAACAAACUGUGAGCACUGAUUGAUAUAGAAUGCUAAUCCAACUUCCUGGUUUUUGCCUCCCAGCGUGGCAAAGCCAGGAAUGGCAAAAGAGCCAAGCGGGUGAAAUUGAGCAUUGUGGAGCAGCAUAGUUUAUUUUAAAAUACGGUGUAGCGUUGUGUCUGCAGCAGAUUUUCCCUGAGGCUCUCUGUGCUGAUGUUGACUGUCAAUAUGGAUGUACCUUCCUCCAGUAAUGACAGACAGUGGAGUUUUCUAAGUAACAACCCCCUUGAUUACUACACCCUGACUUGCACAUUCAGGCUGUGGUCCAAGACCUCCUUAUGCCAGGCUGUGGGGGGGUUUGAAUCUCUCUGUUCACUUCUGCUUGCUAAACUGACACCCCACUGCCAACAAAAUGACACUUGCAUCAUUCUGCAAGUGCUGACCUCCACCUUCCAAACGGGUGGGCAGAAGGCCUGCCGGUGGUAUUUCUAUCAAAAGAGCCCAACAGAAGGCCCCCAAAGCAGUGUUCCAAAGGUUGGGCAGAGCCAGCCUGGGAUCUGCUGGAUCCCAAGCUGAUCUCACAGCCAGCCACAGGCACCAUCUUCUGAAGAACAUUGAGGGGCCCCAGCGUGAUGUCCUGACGUCGCUCUGCACCCAACUCCACCUUUGGCUUUAACAAUGGGAGGAUGGCCCCCUCCAAGUAAUAUUGAUGGGACUCAAAGAGUCUCGGCCCCUUGGAGCCGGCACCUGUAUAGCCAGCGAUGGCCUAAAGCUGACACAGGAAUCAGACCCAAUCUACCUGCUGCCCAUUUUCUGAAGUAUCUGGACUGGUGAUGCAGCAGCAGCUCUGGGCAAAGUCAGCAAGCAGUUUGGAUUACUUUACCUGCUGGUGGAAGCACUCAGCAAGGAUGUGGGGGAAUAGUGCAAGUCUGUCCCUUCUGCAACCCUCACUGCUUACAAGGCGUUCUUCAUGAGAGCCCACCGUUGAGAGGCUCUCUUUGAGUCAUCUUCCCCUGGCAGUUCUGCCUUACAGGGCACUUAGGGGUGGUGGGUGGUGAGGUCUGCAGCUAGGGUAGGGGCCUUGCAUUGCUCUUCUACCAUAAUAUUGCAGUUUCACCCCCGAGUUAAUUCAUGAACUGGGGUUAUAUCUCUGAAACCAGCCUCUUACAUCAUCUUUUAUUAUUAUUUAAUGUUCCAGUGUACCCAGUGCAAAAAUCUGCUGCAUUCAUAAAAGCUUUCAGUUCACUCUUCCAUUUCCUGCUUUAAGUAUUCUAUCACUUGGGGUGCUGAGAAGCUAUUCUGAAAGUCAGCUUAUCUGUUUCAAAUUAGGAUCCUUGUAGGAUUUGUCUCUGGCCAAGGAUCUCGUUGAACAAUGCUAUCUCCACUGCUGGUGUACUCUUAGCUGGCAAUUACUCAAAAUUGUCCUGAGUUACACUGACCUUGUUGCAAGCCUGGCGACUGAAUACUUUCCAGGAGUCAACUGAUUAUUUAGGUCAUUUUGCUUGACCAGGUAACACUCUUAAUUCUUAACAGUACUAGCUCCAUUGGUUGUGCAUAGCUGGCUUGAUUUGAAUGAGACAGGAAGAAAUUGGAGUGACUGAAUUGGGGAAAGCUUAUGUUUAGUUUUUGGUCAGUCAUAUUACUCGCAUAGGCCUUAAUGGUAUAUGUACUCCUUUUGUGGAAUAAGACUAAUUGAAUUUUUAAGCUGUCAUUGAGAAAGACCCAGCACAUAUUUUCCAGUGUCUGUGUAGGGAACUUGGUCUAGCCCAGGCAUGGCCAAACUUGGCCCUCCAGCUGUUUUGGGACUACAGCUCCCAUCAUCCCUAGCUAACAGGGCCAGUGGUUAGGGAUGAUGGGAACUAUAGUCCCAAAACAGAUGGAGGGCCCAGUUUGGCCAUGUCUGGUAGCCGCAACAUACUUAGUCAUUCCCUGGCUCCUGACUUUUCUUGAUCUAACUCUUCACCACCUCCAUUUUGGUGUUGCAUGUUGCCAGUAUAAAGUCCUCCAGGCAGAAAAUGUGUCUGCAUGGCAUUCCUGUAUGGCACCUAGAACACGCACAAUGCCCCACAACUGAAAAUAGGUCAUAUAACAAUGCAAAAUGCAUACCUAAGGCAGAGAGACCUUUUCAUCCAUUUGCAAAAACUUGUUGAAACAAAAAUGUCCUCAAUUGUUUCUGUAAUGUUCAGAUAGUGGGUGUCUGUUGUAUCUCAACAGGAAUGCUAUUCCACAGAAUGGGGCAGCCAUUCUGAAAGCCGUGCUCCACCACUAUGUCUGAUAUUUUUGGCCUUGUUAUGGUUUUAUUUUAUUUUUCUUUGGCUAGCUUCUAUGAAUACUGGCAUAGGCAUGGUUGCUCCAUCCUAUGGGAUAUACAAUGGUACCUCUGGUUGCGAACGGGAUCCGUUCCAGAGGCCUGUUUGCAACAUGAAAAGCCUGCAACCUGAAGUGCCGUAUCUGCGCAGGUGCGCGGCGCAAUUUGGCGCUUAUGCACAUGCACAAAGUGUGAUUUAGCGCUUGUGCGUGAGCGGCGAAACCCGGAAGUAACCCUUUCCGGUGCUUCCGGGUCGCCGUGGGACGCAACCUGAAAAAACGUAACAUGAAGCAAGCGUAACAUGAGGUAUGACUGUAAUAGAUGAGAUGUUGCAAUGCUACAGUACUGUUGCCUUGUAAUCACCUUUUAUUUACAAAGAAGUUAUUAAUUUGCAUUAUCUAAUAAUGCAUUUCAUGAUGUGGGUUUGCAGUAUACUAUGCGUCAUUUUAAUUAUUCCAAAACAUUUACAGUGGAGUUUCUAUUUUCCCAAAUGAAAUACUGUUAACAGCACUUAUUAUUUAUUUUAAAUGAAACAGGAACCCACAUACCGUGGUAGAUGUUCAUACGAUCAUUGGGAAAAAUGACGUAGAUGCCUUGUGGCUUUAUUUCCUAAAACUAAAUAAAACCCAGGCAUUCAGAGUGCAGCACGCAUUGCGGUAUUUAGUACUAUCAAAAAUGUACUAAAUGCUCCAAUUUUGUGUUGUUUGACCUGAAUGGUUGGAACAAUAAAAUCUGUUAACUUUAUUUACAUAUGUGCUGCAUUUAACACUAGCAGUUCAAAAAUAAAAUUGCUAUCACACAUAGGACUAAGUGAGUCACUUUCUGAAGUUGGCCUGGGGCCAGGCAAUGGAGAACUUGAUGUGGGACAGGCUGGGGCCCCUUCAGUGUAACUUAAUCCAAAGAGCAGAUAAAUUCUUUUCAAAGUCAAAGCCAGUAACAAGUUAUUCCCCGUUAUACAAAUGUUACACCACAUUAUAAAUGGUGGAUUGAUUUAAGUCCAUUCAUACUCCUAGGUUCUAAGUCGUGACUAGCUCUAAGUCAGAAGUUUAAGCUGGAAAUAUGAAAACCCAAUACUCUGGUAGUACCUUCACUUAUUUAAAUUAAAUUAUUUAUUGGUUGAUUAGUUUGCCUACUUUGUAUUUAUAUAUGAGUUCUUAACCCCCCUUCACCAUAAAGGACAAAAUAUACAAUCAUAAAAACAGAUAAAACCAUUUCAAUCACAGGGCAAAUAAAACUAGGAAGAGUCUACUUCCUAGUAGACAUUACCGUAUUUUCCCGUCUAUAAGACACCCUAAUGUAUUUUUGUGGACUCAGAUUUAAGAAAAUGGGGGGGGGGUGUAUCCGUCUAUAAGAUGCCCCCUAAUUUUUGACAUCAUUUUUUUUGGGAAAACGUGUCUUAUACACGGAAAAAUACGGUAGUUAACUCUUCCUACUCGACCCUUGCUACUGCUUUAUUCAAGUGGUAUGUGACUCCUGACUGAGGGGGACAGAGGCAGCUGUGUUUGGAGGUACCAAGCUGCCCAAGGAGGUGUGUUGUCUUCCACCAGUGCAAAGAUUCACAAUUUAACAGAGAAGUUAGCAAGUCUUAUAAAAACCCACUCGGCACCAUGCUUUCCUUCUGAUUCAUGACCUGGAACAUGUAAGGCAGAGUGAGAGCAUAUGAGUAAACAUUACAGGAGAGAGAAACAGUUGUGACUCUAUUGUGGAUGUCUGCUUUAGACCUCCAAGACGGACUGGAGACUGGGAGGACUCUUUCAGAUGCCAUGGGAGGUAGCAAUGCGGGGAGCAGCAGAGGCAAGGGUGAACUACUGAAAAUCUCCUCCUUCCAUGCCUUCCCGCUUACAAGAGCCUCCACUGAAUCCAGGAGCCUUUUUUUCAGUAGAGAGACACAACUGGAUGCAACUCUGAGACAAUAUUAGUUACUAAAUAUGGAUGCCAUUGAUUUCUGCACACAAAUUUGGACGAUAUGGUAAAUGCAUUUUCUAUCAAUUUGAAAACAAGUUAUUUCCAAGUGUGUAGUUUAGGAAGCAUUGUUGAUGUUUUGCAUCUAUUUUGGUGUCCUGAGUUUUCCAGGGAAAGAAUUGAGUGGCUGAGUAGCAGAAGCAUGCCUUUGCAUGGUGCAAUGAACAUUCACCUGAGCAGCUAUAAAGUCUUGUUCUGGUGCAACAUUGAUGAAAUAAAAGCAUACCUAUUAGCUAUAGUCUGCGAUCACUAAGCAGAGUGUAUUUUUUAUUGCUCAGACCACCAAAAUAGCAAAAAAUGUGAGCUGUAGGUUCUGGUUUGUGUAUGCUUUCAGAGUUUUCUGCAAGCGAUCAUAAUUUAUUUAUCACUAAAUUGCAUUAAUGUCAAUUGAGGUCAUACUCAUAAAUAUGGCUUCAGUUGUAUUGCUAAACUGGCAGUGUUUUAAAAGCAGCGUCAUUGUUUAGCAGUUAUCCAGGCACAGCAUGUUUUGAUCUGUAUAGGGAAUAUUUUACAAAGUGGAGGCCUCAGAAGAAACAUAAACAAUAGGGAAAGGAAAGGGCAGCUGUUUUCUAUUAGUUUUUAAUCUUGAGCACUUCAAUGUCUUCUAAUGUUAUGGGACGUUUUGGCUGCAUAUGAGAGACCGUGGUUUGUAAUAUUACAAAUGUCCUGGUUACAAUGUACCGUUUUAAAAGGAAUGGAAGAAAAAUAUGAACAGUAAAAUGUACAAAUCCUCAGACAUUAGGACUGAAGCUGUGAGGCUAGUUGAGAUGGAAAGGGUUUGCAAUUUCCAAGGUACUUUGUUAAGAGACGUGUGAGUGCUGACUUAUGUGCUCAGACAAUAGCUUUUCAACACCUUGUCUCUGCAUUAGUCGUAGUGACUUGGGAGCAGUUGCAGUGCUACUCAGCCAGCCUAUAAGUGGAGCUGGUAUGGGAACUUUUUGAGUUUUUUAUGUUAUCCUGGUGGUGUGGGACAGAGUCCCUCUGCAGUAGCUCCCAUGUUAGUGGUAUAUCGGAGAGGGCUCUCGAUGGAGAGAGGACAUUAGAAGCUCCAGUGUUGCAGCUUUCAGCUGAUUAUCUCUGGCAUCUGUUGUAUAGUGUUCAUGGUUGGUUAGCACCACACACCAAACUUAGCCAGACCACACAAAUGUCUAGGCUCCCAGACAACGGCAGGAGCUCACAGCUUCUUUGCUGCUCCCCAGUCUGUUGUACUUUCACACCGUGCUGAGCUAAGUCAAGGUUUUGUUUAGUAUGUCGUCUGAACUGGGAGUUGUUAAUAACCCUCUUCUCGCUAACUAUGAGCUGUAGCCAACUGCUAGCACGUGCUGUUAGUUCUAUCCUAUCUGGGCUGGCAGGCCUGGAGGCCAAGUGAAGAGACCUGAAGGGAUAGCCAACAUGGUAUCCUCCAGAUGUUUUGGACUACAACUCCCAUCAGCCUUAGCUCUAUCAUGGCCAGUGGUCAGAGGUGAUGAGAGCUGUGGUCCAGAACAUCUGGAAGCUACCACGUUGGCUACCCUGAUUUAGAGUAGCAAUAUCAGGUCAGCAGUGUGACUGGGGAGAACAUGAAACCAGGGUAAGUGGGUAAGGUAGGUCUAGGCCUAGGCUUACUAUUGCCUUGAGCUGGCCAACUCUUUUCUCUCUGCUGUUGUCUGAAUAAUGACUCUGAUUUUGUGUUUUGAUUUGGAGUGCCAAUAACAGUAAUGGCCUUUUUCAGUGGCCUUGGGAACUAGAGCAAAUAUGGUGAUGGCGAUUAUGAUUGCUACAGUGUAUUACCCACCCUUUACCCUAAGAUCCCAUGGCUGGUUACAGCAAUUAAAACACAACAUUAACAUUAAAACACAAUGUUAAUAGCUGUUUAAUACAAAUUUUAGAAAGAACAUAGGCAACUUGUGUCAGAAACCUACCUAUAGUUCGUUGUAAUGCACCAGGAAUGUGCUGGAAAAGAAUAAGCUGUUUACAGUGAUUGAAAGGUGAAAGUUGUGUACAAAUAUUGUAUUACAGCUCCAUUGUGAAAUCGCUUCUCAUUGACCAUGUCUUUGGUAGUGAUGAUACAGCAGGUGUAGGAGUUUCUUUUUCCACUUGGAUGACACAAGUAGUGUAUGACAUCAUUUAUAUCAAGUAUCAUUAUAAUAUGAUCUUCAAAACAGGACACUUGAUCUCGCCCAGAGCUUGUGAUGAAUUCAUUUACAAUAUCUGUUAAAAGUCCCAUGUAAAUGACCAAAUAACACCAUGUCCCUUGGCCAUGUAUACAUCCUGAUCAUAGUUCAUAUCAUAUUAUCAAUAAUAACUAGACUAAUCAAGAGUGGUAUACCAUUAUUGUGAAUAACACAUAUUUAUUCAGGGAUAUAAGUUUGUGCUAGCAACAGUUAAGAAUAUAAGGUAUCAUUUGCUGCAAAAACGGAAUCUCUGCCUUGUAACCAGCCUUGUACAUGUGUGUACAUGUAUGCCUUGUACACAUGUGUGUGUGUGUUGAAAGCAAUAGCCCUAAAGGGAUAUUAGCAACCUGAGCAGUAGUGUGAAAUUUUGGAUUAAUAGGACUCUGCUGUUGAUAGAUUUUUAUAGUUCUUUUUUCUAGUGGGUUUGGCUAAAGAAAGCUUUUGGAGAUAGCAGUAAUGGACAUGACCACAUUAUGCCACACCCUUCAUCUGCAGAUCUCAAACUGGUACAGGCCUAAGGAGUAUUUUCAGAUGUCAGCAGUGUGCUUUGUUCUGGGUAUAAAUGAAGAUACUGUGUCAGCACUAAGGACUUUUUAUAAUUUAAAUGGGCAGAAGCACAAAUAUAAAAAAGUAGAAGUCCAGAGAAUUGUGCCAGUAUAAGCACAUGUCCGAAUGAGCAGAUAAAGGAGUUGUUGUGAACAUGGGUUACCAUAGUAUUUGUGUGACUUGAAGGAGUAAAAAAAAGUGUGUCUACAAGCAUUUUGAACAUUGUUUUUUGACAUAGGGUUGACAGGAUUUCUAGGUUAGGAUUUUAGCUCUACCUAGCUCUGUUUGGUGGCAUGAUCUAAUGGGCUUAUAGAUGGUCCUCAAGCAGUAGCAGACUGGGAUUACAGCUGCCGGACAAUGUCUAGAUAUGGGUAUGGUAGUCCAAUAAUUCAGGUAGAUUCAGUUGCAUAAGACAAGUGUAGCAUUGUAGUUGGAGUAUUAGACCAGGAUCAGAACAUUCUUAUUUUAAAUAUCCACUCAGCCAUAUACUCAUGGAUUGACUUUGGGCCAGGCACUCUCUCUCAGCCUACCUACCUUAGAGCAGGCAUAGGCAAACUCAGCCCUCCAGAUGUUUUGGGAAUACAACUCCCAUCAUCCCUAGCUAACAGGACCAGUGGUCAAGGAUGGUGGGAAUUGUAGUCUCAAGACAUCUGGAGGGCCGGGUUUGCCUAUGCCUGAGAGAGUUGUUGUGAGUAUAACGGAAGCACAGAAAUUUAUGUAUGUAGCUUGUGCACCUUGGAGGAAUAAGUAAUAUGGAGUACAACAAACAAACAAGAGCUAAGUACUGUAGCAUCAGUGUACAUGAAUCAAUUGGAACUGCUAAUAAGGAAGCUGGGUGUCUCAUCGCUAACAUGGUUGAACAAGUUGCAGAUUCUGCACUAAUAACUCAUACUCUGAAACUAGAACACCAACAUUUUAUGAUUUGAAAGAAGUGCUGAAGGGUUCAAGUGGGAAAGCAAUGAUCUAGGAUUGGUUUGGGGACCCAUUUAGCUUUGUGAUCAACUUUGAUAAAGUCUACUGAGAAGCUGCUGGUUGGAAAAUGUAUUUGGGAUGAACAAACUUGUAGACGAAAUGGGUUGACAUUUACUAGUACAAAGUGUAAUGGCUUGCCCUUGGGGAAUAAUAAUGAACACUCUCCAGCCUAGAAUUCAUCAGCUGGAAACACCAGAGGAAAAUGCAAGAAACCUGAAAUCUUGGUUAGUCUCAAAAUUAUAACAGGCUGCUGUUUUGAUACAGCUAUCCCUCACACCAGUGGUUUAGAUGCAUGAGCAAUGUUGUGUUUGAGCCAGAAGCAAGAGCUCUUGUGGCCUUUAUGUGGGAAGUGUCAAAAUGUGCACCCUCAGUCAUGGGAGUUGCAGCAGUACUGUGUGAAUUUCUUGCUUAUGCAAUGUGCUGAUCAGACCUAUGCUGAGGGGCAGGGAUGAGGAAGCUGGAGUUUAUGGCUACUGGUUAAACCUUUCCAUUAGGCUUAAGAAAGUAUUCAUGUCAUUGGAUAAAGUAUUGGUGAGGUUUCCUGUAAAAGCAUUAUGUCGAUGACUGGACUCCAUCUCUUAGUUUAAAUUGCUUAAUGAAAGACAAAUGCAAAGGUAUCUUGCCAACAUGCCACACUUAUGGGAUGCAGCUGGGAGCAAAAUGGAAUUUGAUCAUCCCAUAGAAGGAAGGAAGGAAGGAAGGAAGGAAGGAAGGAAGGAAGGACUUCUCUUCCUCUUACGGGAUGAUCAAAAGAUCUUCGUGUGAAGAUGUGUUAAAGGUGCAGAUGGAUACUUUAUACAUAUGAUGGGAUGGGCAUUGAUCAUAGGUAGAACGUAAGGGCAACCAGCUCAAAACUAUGGAUUUCCAGGGGGAAAUUAUUACUAAUUCUGCUGUUCCGGGACAGGGAAACUGGCUAUCUAGAUGUUGUUGGACUCGCAUACCAGCCAGCCCCAGCCAGCAAGGCAAUGGUCAGGGAUGAAGAGAGUUGUAGUCUUACCAUUUCUAGAGAGAGGCAGGGCCCUCAUCCCUGUCUUACGAAAUGCUGGGCAUCUCCCAUGUAGCUGCUUCCUGCACUACUGGCAUGGAAAGUGUGUGACUCAGGAAUGUAUGAAUGACUCAAACCAGAACAAAACUGUGAUAAUUACAAUGGGGUUGGGGCAUCGCUUGUUCUCUGAAAGUCAGAUACCACAGCGCUGACUCUGGAAUAAAUAACCGGAUAGAAGGUCAGAGCUCUUUGCAUAAAAGCACAAACUGCCUUUUAACAACAGGUGGAGGCAUACUUAUCAGUAGAUCAUUAUGAAGGUUAUCUUUUUAUACAGCGGCCUUUAUCAAUGCUGACUUUACGGUGUGGGCCCUGUGCUGGCUUCCAAAAAAAAGGCUAAUGCUCAUUUUGGCGCAGACAGAAGCUGACCUCUAUAUUGGGUGCAAUCCAAGAUAAUGCAUUCAACUUGUAGACUUGAUACUUACUAAAAAAAAUAAUAGUUUGCAACUGUUUAUACAACCUCGUUUCACUAUUUUGCAGUGGCCUCUAUCCUAAGAUGUUUUCAUCAGUACAAACUGCACAUGCUACUACUAUAAAUCAAUUACUUUAUUUAACACUUCAGUGGAGGAGAAGGUGAUAAACUCUCCCCACAUAAAGCCGAGCAUGAGUAGAUUGGACUAGAUCGCGUCCAAGGCCCUGCUCCAACUCUAUGAAUCUUUGACAUUUUGUGUUUGUUUUUACACCUAAGAAUCCUCUUUUCUAGAUCUUUAUAUACCGUAUUGGCCUGAAUAUAAGCCACACCCGCAAAUAAGCCACAUCUUUAAAAUUGAUGGGGGGGGGGAAUAGCCGGGCUGCUUCCUUUGGGGGGGGGAAUAGCCACACUGCUUUGCCAGUGGCCUUCCCCCUUCUUUCCAGCAGCUCAGGGGAGGCUUGGUAGCGGUGGGCAGGCUAGCGCCAUUGCCCAGUGCUCCCGGGCUGCUUCGGAGGGGGGGGGGAGCCGCACCACUUUGCUGGCGGUGUAAGGUCGUGAAUAUAAUCCACACUUUAACUUUUCACUGUCAGAAUUUUGAGGGAAAGUGAGGCUUAUAUUCAGGACAGUAGACACCUGCUUUUGAAUACAUGGUUAUUUAUAGCAAGGUUUCACCACCUUCUGUGCUAUCAUGCAGAAUACGGUGUUUCCUAUCAUGCAUUGUGGCAUCACGAUGAUGUUACUGAAGGACACAUAGGCACCUGGUGCAGUUUUAUGGGCAGGUAGAGGGCAAAUGUAACUGGGGCAACUUGGAUGCUGCAACAAGUAGCAGAUGUCAGAAUUCUAUAUCAACAUCAAAGUGGAUCCGAAAAUGCAGUUGGGCAGGAGAGAUGGAGACUUGCCACAGUCCCGAGAAAUGAUGGAAAUAAAGCAAUAUUUGAGUUUAAACUCAUAGCACAUGGUUAUUUGUGUGAUGAGUCUUUGUUUUGUGUGAUCAGUGAAGUCCCUGAUAUGAAUACCAGAUAGCAUCAGUCAUCCUAAACGGAUGAUGAAAAUAAAGGGGAAAUCAGUUUCAAGGAUGCUGAGGGGUAAUGCUGUUAUUAAUGCCCAAUGUGUUUGGCCCAUAAAUGCCUUCCUCUGUGACGUUUCUACAAAAAGAUAGGACAACAGUUAAUCAUGCUUCAAAACAAACCACCCACCCCCUUUGAAACCCAAUCUCAAAAGUCACAUAUUUGUAAGGCCCUCAUUGUCAUAAUUCCCCUUAUUAGUGACACUAAAAAAUAUUUCCUCUUCCAUAUAUAAACAUAAGAACUUAAUGCUUCAUUGUAAACGGCUCAAAACCAUCAGAACUAAAGAAACCAGAGAAAAAUAUGGUGGUGGGGAGAGACUUUUUUUGUGCCAAAACACAUUGGGCAUUAAUAAUAAUAUAAAAUAACUCCACCAGCAUUUUUGGGAUGGAUUCUCCUUUACUGUAACUUCCAUUGUAUGUUUUCAGUUUUUCUGUGUGUGUGAGAGAGAGAUUUUGGUUUUGAAACAUCCUAAGCUAGCAUAUCAACUUGUUGGUGAUCCUUGCAUUUCUAGAGGAGAGUUUGUGCCAGGGAUUAUGGCAGCCCAACAUUUUGAUAUAAACAUUGAUGGGAGACUUGCCAGCUCAAGGUGUCUUGGCAAGUUGGGUGCUUUUUUUCUUUACCGUAAGGCUGAAAAGCAUCUGCUUUGUACUGGAGUUCAAAGCAUAGGUGGGAGGCAGGGUAACACUGCAUAUUUUUAAUUGAUGAGUAGUCUGCACCAAGUGGGUUGUCUGACGGCUGGUUUUAAUAAGUUGUUUCAUUUACAAGUUAAUACUGUAAACAUAUGAUAUGACUUGUAUGUGCUCUGGCAAGAAUAGGUUUUAGUUACAAUUAAGGAAAUGCCAUUGUGAGUCUCCAGAUGUUGUUGAACUCCAGCUUGCCUUAGCCCCAACCAGCAUGUUCAGCAGUCAGGAAUGGUGGGAGCAGUGGUUGUGAAGGUAUUUGACUUUUAGAAGACACAUGAAGGCAGUUCUUUUCACAGAAGUUUUUAAGGGUUGGUGUUUUGAUGUGUUUUUAAUAUUUUUUUGAGAGCCACUCAGAGUGGCUGGGGCAACCCAGUCAGAUUGUUGGUAUAUAAGAAAGAGAGAAAGAAAGAAAGAAAGAAAGAAAGAAAGAAAGAGUAAGUAAGUGAGUGUAUGGGAAGGUCUUAAACAGGCUGAACAGAGAAGUCUGAAGGGAGCUUUUAACCACAUUUUUGAUUGCUCAGAGUUCAGCUGUCUAUAGUUAGAAGCCUCUUUGAGGCUGUUUCUGGGGUGUGCGUUUUGAGAACAGGGCUUAUGUGCAUGACCUCUCUGCCUGAAGAGGACUUCUGUAUUUGGAUAAUUAGUUUCCAGCGGCAAAAGCAAGGCAGACAGAAAUGAUGAUGUAUUUGAUAUGUGUGCGUGUGUGUUUUUAGCUUGCUAAUCUUGCACCUCACCAGUUUUCCACCCAACUCUUCCCACCUAAUUUCCACCACCAAAAGUGAGAGAUUCCGUUAAUAUCAUUUUGUUAACGUUGCUAACGCCACUAAAUGAUUUAGCAGGCAGAUAGCUUUAACAUACCUCUAUUCAGUCAUAUUUGGUAUGAGGAGCCAUAAUCAAAUGGGUUUUAAUUUUAUCCAUGGCUGUAUCCAAAACAUUACCUGGGGCUCUGCAAUAUGUUUGUUGUUUUAUCCCAUCUGAUUCAGAUUCCGUUAGCUGUGUCCUCAUGGUUUAAUGUUUUGAUCAAAAUUGGACUUGUGUCUGUUUGACCUUCAUUAAUUAAAGUGCUCCUUUAACUUUAUAUUUACUUCAAAAUGUAAAAUGUAUUUAUUUGUUAAAUUUGUUCACGUCAUCUAUUGAAAUGGAGGUUGCUAGUGCUUUUGAGAAAGUAGUGCAGAAACAGAUACUGUGAAGUAUACAAUAACUGUAGGGAAAACGUGCACCAGCAAGUUCAACUCUUGCUGCGUGAGCUGAUUAAGUAAUUCCAUGCUGCUUUCGAGGUUAAUCCCACUGAAGUCCAAAAUACCUUGAUAGCUAAAUCGAGAGGCCUGUGUACUUCCACAUAAGAGCGUCUUGCUUGAGCAAGAAAGGAACAGCUCAUCCUGUUUCUGUGUAGGUCUUUGUAUGAUUUUUGAAGUUACUUACAGUGAAUUAUUUAAAAGCAUCCUAAAUGGUGACUCCUUUCCAUCCCAAUAGCAGAUUAAUUUCAGGAUUCCAGGGGGUUGGACUAGAUGACCCUUGGCAUCCUUUCCAACUCUACAUUUUUUUACUUUUCUCCCUGGUUGUACCCUGACUUCUGUGUUCAGCGACUUCUGCCUAUCUCUUAACACUUGAGAGUACUUGCAUACCACCUUCCUUUCUCCUCAUAGUCUCACUCAGUAAACUCCUAAGGGCUUUAGUUUGUUCUUUUUACCUUUAUACAAGGCCAGAUUUAGAAAGAAAUAGGCCACCUCUCAACUGAGAAAGUUUACUAUAUUAAGACAUAAUUGGGCAUAUCUCCCAUCAUCAUAUCCUAUUCAAUCCUUAACUCGGUGAUUCCGAGGAAAAGCUUUAGGGUUGCAAGAUCUUUAUGCUUUACGACUACAGAAGGACAAAUAUACAGAUGACGUUUACAAGUCUACUCAGAUGUAAGUCCCAUGCACCUCAAUUAUCAUUUCUCCCAGGUAAUUGCGUAGGAUUGCAACCUGAAUUGCUUUAUAAGGGUGAGGGAAUAGCAGACAACUAGUGACCAUUGCACUUGGGAAGGGAAGAGAAGAGGAUGUCAUGACCCAUGUAACCAGCAGAUCCAGAGGCUGCAGGGAUACCAGAGGGGGAACCAGGUCUGGGCCAGAGCUCAGAGCUGUGGGAAAUAGGGAGGCCAUUGUGCCUGAGCAGGUUGGACAAGAACUCCCAGAGGAACUUCCCAGACCCCCAAGGCCUAUUGGAACAGAGUCUGGACACCUCGUUGACUUCUUCCCUGGAGCCUGAAGAACCAGAUAUCUCCCAUCACACAUCACCAGCCCCGCAGCGCUGGGAGUGCACCAGGAGGGAGGCUAUGGAAUGAAAGAGGUGCCUGUCUUCAGGCCAGAGGGUUGGAGCCUGGAGAAGGUAGUCUGGAAACAGGGGCAUGAAAGGCCUCAGUCUACUCUCAGACUUUGUCAGAGGAAGUUGAUCCAUCAGAGCUGUCCAGCAACCUUGCUGGCCAGAACAUAACAGUCGAGGAUCAUGAAUGGGUUUAAUUAAUUUUUUAGGCUGCCAGAUACAAGUGAAUUCUGGGUACAAGGUUAUUAUUAUGGUUUAUUUUUACAUUUUUAUUUAAUCUCUGCUCCAAGGAACUCUUUGCUUCCUAGCCACUUAGGAGGCAAGUUACUCCUCAGGAGAGCCAUGGUGAGGGUCUGUGCUAGAAGAGGAAUCCCAUGGUAGGCCUAUGCUUGGGCGAGUGCUUGUAUGCUUUCCCAGACCAGGCUGCUUCCCAGAGGCUUAGAGGAAAUUGAGACCUACUUCAGAAUAAAUGGCAGCGCACGAGCUUCCUGGGUCUAGAAGUUGUGCCCUGAUUGCUGAGCUUGGGUGGCCCAUGGGAAUCAGCCUGAGUAGGCAAGGAAGGAAAACAAAGUUGCUGCUGCUUAUCUCUUGAUUUGUAAGUGCGUUUUCAUCGUUUUGAAAAACGUUAGGUUUAAAGACACCUAGGAAGCAUGUUCUUAGUUGGGCAAGAAGUAAUGGGUGAAUAAAACGUCGACACAUUUCCAGUCUUUGGAAAAAGAAGAUUCCACUUGAUUUCGCAGCAAUUCUUGUUACAAUGCCUAUGUGAAAGUUGUACCCUAGAAUAGAAUCGUAGAAUCGGGAGCGUUGGAACGGAUGUUGAGGGCCAUCUCGCCCAACCCCCUGCAAUGCAGGCAUCUCAACUACAGCAUCCAUGACAGAUGACCAUCCAACCUCUGCUUAAAAACCUCCAAGGGAGGAGAGUCCACCACUUUCCAAGCAAGUCUGUUCCACUGUCGAACAGCUCUUACUGUCAGAAAGUUCAUCCUGGUGUUUAGUUGGAAUACCCAUCAGGAGCUUGAAUGGCUUGAGGAGAUCUUUAAAGAAAAGGGCUUAGGGUCUUUGUAGCCUUACAGAUGAAUGUGAAUAAGCUCCUUCAGUAAACAAUGUGAAUAUUUGUAAUAUUAAAGUGUACUUCAAUAGCACUAUGCACAUGACGUAAAUGCCUUAUAUCCCUCUUGUUGAACAGCCUUGAAAAAGGGAAAUGGUUUGCCAGCUGGAUCAUGCAUUAGUGUUAUCUUCAUGUAUUUUGCAGCAGAUGUUGAGCAGAGACCACUUGUCAAAGGUAGCUUGUAGUAUAAGAUGCAAGUUAGGGCUCCCCCCCCCCAGUACAUUUUUCUUGCAUUACCAAUGUCUUCCAUAAAGUCAGCCACAAAGCCAUAUUAUUGGGGAAUCCAGCUUGAAGCCUGUGGUGAGUAGGAAAUGGAUUAAACACAGGUUUUCCCUAUUUUCAAGCUGCCAACAAUGAUGUCAUUAAUGUUAACGACCCUUACCACAACACACUGAAGUCAGAGAACCCUCUCUUAAAACUCCUGUCCUCUGCACAGUUUUACGCGUUGUUAAGGAAACACUGAUCUUUGUUGAUAAGAAACAAUAGGGGUAUCCAAACACUAACUUAUGCUGGGAAAGACGCUCUGCUCCAAACUUACUCAACAUCUUAUACAAUUCAUUUACUAUUAAUGAGGAGAGAAUUUUGAUUUUUAAAAGAUGGGAGUACUUCUAAUCGUCUCAGAAGUUUUCGAUUAGUUUCUUAGGCAGCAUCCACUACAUAUUAAUAACAUAUCAAAUGUCCACAAGGCAACACUAUUUUGUAUUGUAUGUGUGGAUCAGAUCAGCUUAAAUCAUAGGGUGUUGCUGUACUGCAGUUUUGAAAAGCCCACAUUAAAAUCUUACCAAAAGAAGAUUUCCCCAUAUUUAGCAUUCAGAAAGCAACACUAUUUGGUGUUAAAUGAUAAACCUGUAUGUGGGGGUGGCUCUCAAGAAAGAAGUGAACAAUCUUAUGUGUCAAGUUGCCAAAAAACCCCCCAGUAUAUUCAUCUAUUAUAUGUCAGGAUAUAUAAUAAUAUGGAUUUAUAUACCACUCUAAAGCUAUACCUGAGAAUUACAUGAUUGCACAUGCUAAAUUCCUUUUUCAGUGUUUUGUUAUUUUUCUGUAAAAGUUGUGCUGUGCAGUGGGAGAUGUGCAAGAAGCAUGCCAAGGUUGCAUCUCAUGCUGCUUCUCAGUUGCUUCAUUUUCAGAAGUUGUUCUGUGUGUCUAGGCUUUAAACAGCAUAUUAAUUGCCCAAUGAUAUUACUCUAGACGAGGGGUCAGCAAACUUUUUCAGCGGGGGGCUGGUCCACUGUCCCUCAGAUGUUGUGGGGGGCUGGACUAUAUUUUUUUGGGGGGGGGAGAACAAAUUCCUAUGCUCACAAAUAACCCAGAGAUGCAUUUUAAAUAAAAGGACAAAUUCUACUCAUGUAAAAACACGCUGAUUCCAAUUUAGAAGGCGAUGGGGCCUGAUCCGGCCCCAGGCUUUAGUUUGCCUACCCGUGCAAAUACCCUUAAGCAACUAGUGUGCUCUUUCUUCCAUAUUGGGUUCUGCAAAAGUACACAAACUGUUAACAAUGGUGAUUUGUCCAUGAUAAAUUCUGAUUUCCCAUGCAGAAAUCUUGUGUUUAUAUAUCACCAGUAGGCAAUACCUUGCUAUUCGAGCAUGGGAUACGUGAGCAGAACAUAUCAUCUUGAGCCAGCUGUAAAAUAUUUUGGUAAAUGUAGCAACACUAAACUCCUGCUCACAAUGAGGCAUGUUGGACACUCAUUGCAAAAAGCAGGUAUUAUAUAUAGACAGAUAGAAGGCGUUGCAGAAGCGGAAGGGGUUGCCAAUAUUGUGAUGUACAUUGCAAAUUUUAAUUACAGAUGAGACAAACCCAUGGUUUCCUGUCCUGACCAUGGGAUCAUCGAGAGAUCGUGUGUGUGUGUGUGUGUGUGUGUGUGUGUGUGUGUGUGUUUGGAGUCCUGUGUGUUUGCUUGGUGUUUCUAAGUAUUUACUUAGAAAUAAAACCAAGCCAGUUACUGUUCUCAAGAAUUUUCAGAACCCCGGACUUGCACAGAAAUGAUAUAUGCAUACUUAUGCAGGACUAAAACCAGCACCAGUUUCUUGGGGAAUUUCAGGACAGUUUAAAUACUCAUAGUGAACAACGAUAUGCAGAGUACACAACUGACUGUUAUUUUUAUGAUGAUAAACCUCAGAAGUCACACAUUUUUCUUGUUCUGCUUGUCCCCUCUCCACACACACAUUUUACAUAGAAAACAGCUUUUAACUCAGACAAAAUAUAGGGCCAUGGAUUAGUUUUAAGUGGUGGCUAGUAUAGACUUGAAUGUUUGUUUUGUAUUAUGUACUGAUAUAGAUUUAAAGCAGGUUAUUCUUAAAGGACACUUACAUUAAGAAUCUAAAUUUAAAAAAUAUUGAUUUUUCUCCACCCUGGAGAGACGUUGCUCUUCUUUUCCAAGUACCUUCAGUCAUGUUUGGAGAGAGGAAGUAGAUGAGAGCAACAUUAGCUGAAGUGUGGUGCUAUAUAAAACAUCUCAGAACAACAAUCUUUGUCCUGCGUAGCAGAGCUAUACGUUUCACUCUCUGUUUCUGUGAUUGUAUAGCCAUUGCAGGUUAGAGCAUGUGACCAUUCUGUUGGGUACAGUUUGUUCCUGCGCUAAGCUUGUUCAUUCAGCCAUACUGGAAGGGAGCCAGAUAUGAAACGAAAAGCAAACCAUGUACACCUAGCUCCUUCCCAGUUUAAAUGAGGCCAUUUCUUUCUUUGUUAACAAGCCUUUUAAAUAAAAUAUGGCAGUACUACCUUAAUUUUAGGCCCAACACAGUUUAAAGCUGUGAAGCUAUGUUAAAUUUCCUAUAGAUAUUCCAGUUGGGAUUUUUCUGUAGAUUGGCAACAGGAGUUCAGAAGAAAGCUUGAAAGUAUGUAAAAAGAUCUGUGAGAGAAUUCUCUAGGGUGUUAUUCACAACAUACCACACAUUUGCAAGGAGAAGCUUCCUGUUCACGUGAAGGGCCAUACAAAAUAAAUUUGGUUUCUUGAGCAAUUAGCGCAUAAAGCACAGGCAAUCUUUUCAGUCUUUCCAUGUCUCUGUGGAAAGUCUCAACAUUUUAUUAAAGCAGGAUAAUGCUCUAUUUCUAUUUCUAGGAACAAACAGUCUUUAAAAUACAUACAGGUACUCUUACACAUCUAAGACUUGACGUAAGCAAUUUGGUUUGUUUAGUUGAGAAUUGCAAAACGUUUAAAGGCAAAUCAUUCACUGCAGUCGACUCAAAACAAAUUCAGCAGUUGUAGGAAUUUUGAUUCACAUUUUUGCCAGACAGGUUUUGGGAAAGUCCUUCUAGGCUCUGUGAAGGUUUGUAGGCAUCAAAAAGCUAAGCUAACAUAAGGAAGAAUAAUAACCAGGUACAGUACCAGAAAACACCUUUCUAUUAGUGAUUUUUUUGCCCUCUGGUUUAGAAGCAAUGAUCCAUAUUUGCAUUUGUUAUCCUUGGGUUCCUUGAGUUACACCACUCAUCACGUCUAAUGUGCACAAAAACUCUACAAUUAUCCUUGGUGUUUAGCUUUGAAUCUUACAAGGCAAAAUAUCCCCCCAUUCCCAGCCCUACUUUACUUCAACUUACAAACUAUGCACUGGACCUGGAGUGCUCCUUCUGGAUGCUGAAAUACUCAUUCUUUUGGCAGAAUGGACUGAGAUCCAGUGGGAACUCCUGCUGGAGGGAGGAAAGGCAGUUUUUGCAGCCUCCUGUGCCUUCAUUCCAGAAGGUUCUCCAGCCCUCCAGAAAAGUUUUACAAGGGGCUGCAGGGGGGAUGAGAAACUAGUGAAAACCAUCUCUCUUCCUUUACUGUAGCAGGAGUGUCCUGUGAGUGAAGUUGUGUUCAUGGAAAUUCUGGCUCCAACCCUAUGUAAUAACAUAACAUGAGAGCUGAUAGAUGAUUGGAUGUCUGACCAAUUGUAGUGUGUACUUGUAACAGAAGAGUCAACUGCCUGUUAUGUACAGUUCCAUUAUUAUUGCACUCUGAAAAUGUGUUGUUGUUUUUAAUGGAUAAAGGCAUCUGCAAGUGAUGUUAGCUUGGGUGGAGAUUGGAUGAGGUGGGUUGAGAAGACAAAGAGGGUAUUUCACACUUGGAAUUCCCAGACCUUUGCCCUUCCCCUAAGCCAUUUUCUCUUUGUCCCUCCCUGACCAAGAUCUCCUUUACCUGUUCAAACAACCCUCCAAGAAAGAAUCAUGGAAUGACAUGCAUGUAAUAUGUAGACCUUUAUUCAGAAUGGUCAUUUUUGCAGAUGUCCUUAUAGCUGCAAAAGAUGUAUGAGCAUUGCAUCAGCUUUUAUUGUUAAUCUUUGCUUAUGGUGCUAGAUGUUUUACAUGAACUUUCUUUCUUUUAUUCUCAGAUCGAUGACCUAUACAACCUCAGAAUAUCCUUCUUGGAACUCAUGAGUAUCCAGACUCUGUUUUGUGUAUCACAACUAGGACCUCACAUCUUCUUCCCCAGUAGAUGGGUACGAUGCAUCCAGUUCAAUUUGUUUACUUUACACAAACCUCAGGAGUUAGUUGACUGAACUGCACAUUCUUCUUUUACUUCUUCUUAUUCUUUUUGUGUGUGUGUGUGCCAAGCAAAAGCACUGUGACACCUGGACAAUGAGUCUAUGAUUACUUACUCCUCUACCAUAAAGACUUAGCUGGCUACAGUGAACUCAUGUGCCCACUUUAAAAUGGUGAGAAUGGGCAUGCUACUAGCUCAUUUGCAUAAGACAUGACAUUUUAAUUUGCUGCUGAAAAACCUGUACGACAAAUCAUCAGUGUAAAUUAUUACAUACAAACUGUUAAUGUUGGUUGAAGAGUAUUAAAUAUUUAACAUAGGUUUUUGAUUUAUACAUGUACUUUUUUAAUUAAAAAUGUAACUUUUCCUACAGCACAUCUUUUUUUGAUGUGGAACUGAGGUAUACUAUAUUCUGUUGUAAACAGAGUGGGGUUGGGGUGGGGGAAACUGUUAAAAAACAAGGCGAUUUAAGAAUAGAGUAGGGUACUAUUCUUUUUAAGAUUGUAAUUCAGAAUAUAAUAUAAUAUGGAUCAAUGGGCCCGUGGAUCUGGAUUGUACAGUCAUAUUUACCAAUCUAAUGAUUUGUAAGAUAACCCUGUGGCUGAGCUGAAUUCUUUCAAAAAUAAAAUAAUAUUUUGUAUUGUUCCUGUAAAACAUUAGGCUGUAUUAAUGAAAAGGCAAAUGAACUGUGCAUGGUAUUUACAAGUGUGGGUUUUUAAAUUGUUGGUUGCACAGGAACUUUGAAAACAUCAGAAAAACAAAUCUAAGUCUUCCAUUGUAUAUAUAUAUAGAAGAAGAAGAAUGAAACUUGGGCGAACUCUUUAAAUCAAAAUAUCCCUGGAAUGAAAUACGUGGGUGUUUGUAAAUUCUGGAAAUCUCUUUCUAUACAUAAUAAACUAGAUACCGUUUUAUCUUU